UCCCGGCAGAGCGGCCGGUUCGCUUCUCCUCCUCCCUCAGCAGUGAUAACCGAGAGAGGGAGCCCCCGGGAGAGACCCGAGAGCAUGUGAGGUCUGCAGCAUGGAACCGGCAGGUGGGAAGUCUGCGGCCGUUGUCGCAGUUGUCACUGAACCUCGGUUUGCCCAGAGGUACAGGGAAUAUCUCGAAAAGCAGAAACUCCUGGAUGGACAGCACCGUGUAGAAAAGAUGCGGGAGGGCACUGUGGCGCUGCCUGUGCUGGGGGAGACCCUGGCGGAGCAGCACCUGCGGGAGCUGCGGGAUCGCGUGGCCCCGGGCAGCACCUGUGUGCUCACUCGGCUGCUGGAGCCCGCGCCUUCCAAGAAGGCCCAGGGUUGCUCGCCUGCCCGAAGGCUGUGUCUUGAGGUGAGGCGCUGGGCCGAAAGUCGGGGCUUGGCGUGGUCCGCUCAGUUGGAGGCCGACCUGCCCAGAUCUUGGCAACGGCACGGAGACCUCUUGUUGCUAGGUGAGGACUGUUUCCAAGCCGUGCAGUGGGAGGGUCUGCAGCCAGAACUCUGGAAGACUGUGGCCUCAGCACUUGGGGUCCAGCGUUUGGCCAAACGAGGGCGGGUAUCGCCGGACGGCACUCGCACUCCAGAAGUGACACUGCUGUUGGGCGACGAUGGCUGGGUGGAGCAUGUGGACAACGGGAUCCGAUAUAAGUUUGACGUGACCCAGUGCAUGUUCUCCUUCGGAAACAUCACCGAGAAGCUGCGAGUGGCAUCGCUGCCCUGUGCUGGAGAAGUGCUGGUGGAUCUCUAUGCUGGCAUUGGUUAUUUUACCUUGCCCUUUCUAGUUCAUGCUGGGGUUGCUUUUGUCCAUGCCUGUGAGUGGAACCCCCAUGCUAUAGAUGCUCUGAAAAAGAACUUGGAGACCAACGGGGUGGCAGAUCGGUGCCAAAUUCACUUUGGAGAUAACAGGAAACUGAAGCUUUCAAACAUUGCCGACAGGGUGAACCUGGGGCUGAUCCCCAGCUCUGAAGAAGGCUGGCCCAUUGCCUGCCAAGUCCUACGCGCCGAUGCUGGGGGCGUUUUGCAUAUCCACCAAAAUGUGGAAUCUUUCCCACGCAAGAAUCUCCACUCUCCCAGAAGCAGUAUCAUGGAGGAGAAGGGGCACUGGUCUUAUUCUCAGGAAGUUAUCACCAGCCAAUUGGAAAAUAGAGCUACCAAGGAUUCUAAGAGGAAAAUACUGUCAACAGCCACCAAGCCAGAGUGGCAAAGGUGGGCGGAAUUUGCAGAAACUCAGAUUGCUAUUCUUCUUCAACAGGUGCAUGGGAAACCAUGGAGGACACAAAUCCUGCACAUCCAACCAGUGAAAUCCUAUGCCCCCCACGUGGAUCAUAUUGUCCUGGACCUGGAAUGCCGCCCCUGUCCUCUGGUUGGCUAGAGGUGGAUCUUGAGACACCAGGAUCUAUGUGUGAGCAACCCUGAUGCAUCGGCUCAGGCUGCGUUCUCAGGCCUCUUGCCUCUAUUUUAAUAUUUUGUGGCCCCACAAGCAGAUUUUAGUCCAAUCCAAAUCAUUGCAUUUGUCUUCCAUGAACACUGAGGGUGAGCUACAUUAAGGGGGGAAGCAAUGAAGCUCAUUGAAAUACCCAUCCACACUAUGCUGAAUUCCGAAUUCUAAACUCAGCUCUGUCCAACCAGAGACACAUGGUUUCACUAAUUUUUUCUGCUUGGACGUCCUCCCUUACAAAAUGAAGGUUCCCAUGGGCUGUCUCACCUGGUUGUUAUCUUGUAGGCAGUCAUUUUUAGAGAGAAGGACGUGAUGCUACUCCCCAAGUCACUCUGGCUGCAACAGGGAAGAUCAGCUGGAGGAGCCGGGCGCAGCAGGGAGGCUAAUGACGAGGCUCUGUGACUGCCCAGGCUGGAGAUGAUGGUGUAGUGGACAAGGCGGGGGAAGCAGAGGUUGGGGGGGGGGGGUUUGAGAACAUUGAUGGAAAACUGUGGAGUCUAAAUCAAGCAGUAGAGGGGCUGCUAAGUCAUGACUGACAAGGCUGGGGAGGAAUGCGACUGACAUUACUUCAGGGUGCUGAUUUCCCUUGCUUUACUAUUCUUAAGUGAGGAUGGGAGUGUGUCUUCUGUCUUCAGUUUAGUGGGAGAGAAAACCCGUUAAAAAUGACUGCUUUACGGGACUAUGGUGAUGGCACACGGGUGACUCAGUGAUGGGAAACCCACGGGGAUUACAAUUGAGAUGAAAAAAAA